CCUUCCAGCCAAGCUCAUUAAUGGAGGUAUUGCUGGCAUUGUUGGGGUUACUUGUGUCUUCCCCAUUGACUUGGCAAAGACCAGGUUGCAGAAUCAGAGACAAGGUCAGCAGGUCUACAAGAACAUGAUGGACUGCCUUAUCAAGACAGUUCGAUCAGAGGGAUACUUCGGCAUGUACAGAGACUUGGGUCCCCCUGGGAUAUUGAAGGCUAGCCGAUAAGGCGCAGCCACGCUGGAGGCAAAUCAUAUAAUGGUUCUUACAAUAUUGCUCUAUUUAAAACUAUAGGCACAUAAGUGUAUGUUUUGACAUCUCUUUGUUCUAUAUUUUGACUUCUUGUUAAUAACUACUUGGCUGUCUCUUCACUGUCCUGUCAACUCAUAGAUCCUCAUUUUUUGUAGUCUGUGUAAAGCGUGUCCUUGCAGACUUUGGUUGAUCUUGAAAAUGAAUUUGUGGCAAAAUGUUUAUUUUAGACAGUCUCACAAAUCAGUUUUUAAGUUUGUCUAAAGCCUGCAUACACUGUACAUACACAAGGCUUCACGCUGUCCUUUCAUUAACUUCUAUUGAUGUCUCUUGUCAUUAACAUACCUAUUGAGUUGUAGCCUUUCAAUAUAAACACUUUCUUUUCUUCAAAUGUCCUAUGUGAACUGGGCCUUUUUUUUAUCAUAAACUGGCUCCCUGUACUUCAUAGACUUGGUGUGUGCAUCUUUCUGUGUUUAUUCAUCACUCCUCAUUUCUGGUCUUAUCUAGCUUAUUCCUCAUUUGCAGUAAUUUCUUCUGACAUAGUCCACCUUCCUCAUAACUGAAGUUACUCUAAACUGAAGAAAAAAAUCUUAAAGCAUUUGCCCUGUAUUUUAGAAAUUAGCUGCACACUGGGCUACAUGACAUGCUAAUGGAUCAAUGGUAGUGGCAGGGAUGGUUUUUGUGUAAGUACUAAAUGAAAAUGUGAUUGUGACUUCUGUGCUAAUGGUCUGUUCUCCCUUAGGUGCUGCUGUAAAUUUGACCCUGGUCACCCCUGAGAAGGCAAUCAAGCUGGCUGCUAAUGACUUCUUCAGACAUCACCUCUCCAAGGACGGAAAGGGCCAAACAGUGUUCAAAGAGAUGCUGGCAGGUUGUGGUGCAGGUAUGUGCCAGGUUGUUAUCACCACCCCCAUGGAAAUGCUCAAGAUACAGCUACAGGACGCAGGCAGACUUGCGGCCCAACAGCAAAAACCGGUCAUGAUGGCUCCCACCAAGCUUGUGGUCACUAACACCGUGCUCAGCCGCUCCUACAACUCUGGAACGGUGGUCUCGGCACCACGAGCUGUGUCUGCCACACAGAUAGCGAAGGACCUCCUCCGUACGCAGGGCAUCCAAGGGCUCUACAGAGGGCUGGGGGCAACACUGAUUAGGGAUGUGCCCUUUUCUAUUGUCUAUUUCCCAUUGUUUGCCAACCUGAACCGCCUUGGGAAACCCAGUCCCGAAGAGUCGUCCCCCUUCUAUUGGGCUUUCCUCUCUGGCUGCGUGGCAGGUUCUACGGCCGCUGUGGCCGUUAAUCCCUGUGAUGUGGUGAAGACUAGACUGCAGUCACUGAACAAAGGGUCCAGUGAGGAGGCUUACAAUGGAGUUGUGGAUUGUGUAAGUAAAAUAAUGCAGAAGGAGGGGCCCUCUGCAUUCCUGAAAGGGGCUGCCUGUCGAGCUCUGGUCAUUGCUCCUUUGUUCGGCAUUGCACAAGUUAUGUACUUUGCUGGCAUUGGCGAGUACAUCCUGGACAACUCUCCUUUAAACUUCCUUUCGGCAUGAGAGCAUAUCAACUUGCUGGCGGGCUAUGCACAGGACCAUCUGAGCGUAUACGGUGGAACAACUGGCAGCUACAUACCACCAACUUACAGCAAAAGAAAAUCACACUAGUCUUGUCUGACUAAGUCAUAAAGGCGUCUGUGUGGUCUGACAGCUGUUGCACUCAAACACUUUUGGGACUUAUUCAGUAAGCUAUAGCCAAUGUUUGCACUUGAAGCGGUUAGCCUUACUGGGCUGGGGGACUUGGAGUUGGAGUGUUAUUCUUUCUUUGUCCUUGACAGUCCUUUUUCUUAUUCCCUCUGUGAGGGAGGGGAGCUCACUCCAUCAAAGGAUCAGACCUAUUUUUUUAUGUUUUCUUCCAUGCUAUCACUUUCCAUAUUCUUUAUGCAUAUGCUAGUUUUAUUUUGAAUUGCUGAAUGCAGCAGCUUUGCAGUAUUUUUUUUGUCUUUCUUAUCCUUUUCUGUCUCAUGUUACAAUUCCUUCCAAGUGGGAACAAAGGUUGAAAACGGGAGAUACAUGGGGCCCAAUAUGUAAUAACAAUAAUAUUCAUUGUGAGGGGAUCCUUUUACAUUAUCAGUUCGAACAGCACUGAAUUCCACUGAUUAUGAACCAUCCUACUGACGUGGGACCAUAUGGUCUGCCAAACCAUAACCGUGUCCUGUUAUACAUUUGAUGUUAGUCCUAUAGUUGUAGUCUUUGACCUGCAGCGUUAGUAUCUUGAUACCUGCAAAAAACUUGAGAUGCAUUCAUUCACAAUAUCUUUGGUUGUCCACAAAUCUCAGCUUCAACAUUUACAUAUGCAUACCUGAACCUCAAAAGACUUGUUUUGGUUUAUGCCUUGACAGAGCAGACUGACGUUUCUCUCUGAGUUAACACUUUUAGCCAAAACAAGCAUUAUUACUGUGAGAGAAAUUUGACUGUUACAUAAGUUUCUAAAGGAUUUUUGUACAUACCGUCUAUAUAUACAUUAAAAUUUGCAAUGUA